UUGUGUUCAUGACAGUGUCAUGUCACUCUUAUGUAGAUACCUUCAAGUAAAGUGUUGCCUAUUUACUGUAACUAUGCUGUUUCCAAUAUAUUGUGAUGCAAUUAAAAUGUUUACUGAGCAUUAACACUUUGCUGAGAUGUUGCUCCAGUAUAGAUUAUGCCCUUCCUGUUCCUCUUUCUUUCACACCAUGAGCGUAGUUUCUUGCCAUCACACAAGAGCCCUGCUUCCUGUUUCGUGAAAUGCACAAGACAAGCUGUAAAGCAAAGAGGGUGCUACCAGUAGUGCCAUAGUUCGAGAUAAAUAACAAAUAUCUCAGUGUAUGAUUGUAUCCUAUGGUUGCUGACUGGAUGGAAUACCUGGAACACUUGCAUCUUAAAAAUUAUUUAAGCAGACCACUUAUGGUGUGAUGAAAGACCAGCUGACAGUAGAAAACAUGAAUAACUGUACGCUGAAUUCCAGCACUGACGAUUGGGAUCCCCCUGAAGAGAUGAAGAAAUCCUUUGUCUUUCUGCACAUCGCCGUUAUAAUUUUUGGUUUCCCCUCCAACUGUUUCUCAGUGUUCGUCUCCUACCAGCACAUAAGACAGGGCAAUGAGCUGGGAGUCUACCUAAUGAACUUGGCCCUGGCAGACCUCUUCUUCAUCAUGAUGUUACCCAUCUGGACGGACUACUCAUUGAAUGACGACUGGCGCCAUGGGGGCACUGCUUGCACUGCGUGUGUCUUCCUGUUGUUCACCCACUUCUAUGCCAGCGUGUCUCUGUUGUGUUGCAUCGCUGUCGAUCGUUACCUGGCCGUGGUUCACCCCCUGAAGUACCCUUUCAUCCGAAAUCUGGGACCAGCCACGGGCAUCUGUGUGCUUUCGUGGACCUGCAGUAUAAUCUUCAACGCCGCCACUGUGUCCACACCGAACGUGUAUGACGCAAAGUACAACAUCUGCCUGGACACCUUCCCUAUACAUGACACGCAGAGGCAAGUCAACAUUGCUCGCUUUUUCAUGUGGUUCCUCGUGCCAUCUGUGCUGGUCGGGUUCUGCUACUGGAAGAUCAGUGAAGAGGUGCGGUCCAAUCGCGCCACCGAGAAACAGGAACGUCAGCGCACGUGCCGGCUCCUUAGGUUGGUCCAGCUAACCCUGGUCAUCUGCUUCGGCCCCAUCCACAUCAUGCUUCUGCUGAGGGCUUUGUUGGAGGACUGCCAAACACUACCCUGGCUAUACUACCCCUAUAAAGUGUCCGCGGCCCUGGCCACCCUCAACUGUUUGGCCGAUCCUCUGCUCUACUGCUUCAUCACCCGGUCAGGGAGAGCCAGUGUCAGCAAGGCUUUCCUGUUCCUUCAGAGGAAGAGCAUGGGCAACAGCUCAGAGGGAGAACUGAAACAGCAGUUUCACAACCCUUAAUUACAGUAGCAAUAGACUUUCACCAUGGCCUGGGUGCAGGCCACUAAUGGGUGCCAUGCUGUGCAGUGGGUAGGUUCUUAACUAACUUGACUAACUUGAGCCUCUUUGUUAGAAUGUAUGUAUCUUCUGCCUUUACAUUUGUUUAGCCUUAUUCUUUGAAUAUUUUGGCAUCAUUAAAUAAAUAUUUAUUUGAAGUAAAUAUUUAUUUGAAUAAUAAGCUGUUGAAAAACUACUGCAAUAGUCUCUAUUCAAAGAGAGAAACUGCUUUGAAAGAGACUUUCUUCAUGAGCUGCAGCAACUUGUGAAAACCAGAAUUUUAUUUUUUAGCAUGUAGCAAGCUUUUUUUCAUCAUCUUGAGGUCUUUCCGGGUACAAGAUGGUUUACACUCAUAGUCCAAAAAUAGACCCCUACUGUAUUGGGGUUACCCUUUCAGAUCGUGAAAUGGAACAUUUUUAUCUUCGUCAUACCUCAUCCUGAAAGGACUUCUUAAAGACUGGCUCUGCAGUAUCAAGAAAAGGGUGCUCGGAGCAAAUGUGGUUUAAUGGUUAUGUUGUGUUGGUGUGAGCCCACUAGAUGGUGCCAAUCUUGCAUCACAUGCCAAAAUAACGCUCAAUGGUGUUGUAAGCCCCCACCAUCGACUUCAAGGCAGCGCUGCGAACCCUAACUCUAACCCUAAAUAUAACCCUGACUAACCCUAAACAUAACCCUAAACAUAACCCAUGCCUAACCCCAAUGCCUUCAAUGCAGCACUGCCUGGAAGACGACGUUGGGGGCUUAAAACACCAUAAAACCAAAAGAACCUCUUCCACCUCAACCAUGAUAGGACCCCAAAAGACUGAAAAACAGCAAUGUGUAUCAUUACUGCAUUUCAGUGAACCUUUUACUGCAGGUUACAUACAUGCAACAUCUCAUUCUCACAACACGGAGUAUCUGAAUGCUGAAGUUUUACAUCAUGAGACAGAGGGCAUCUUUUGAUGAAUACACAAAAUUAACAUUGUGACUGGCCUUUCAAAAGUAGUGUCUUUAGUACUGUGUUUCUUUCAGACAUAUUUGUAAAAUCAUUACAAUUUUAGACUGAUUUCCUCAGUUUUACUUCUACUUGAUCCAUUAAACUCUUGCUUCAAUUCCAAUGUAAUGUUUUACCUAUUCUAAAAUAUAAAUGUUAAAAGAUAUUUUUUUCAUAUAUAGAAUAAUUUAUUUAUAGCAUCACUAAAUGUUUAACGCUAUAUUGUGUAUCAUGUGGGACAAAUACGAUCAAGUGGGACUGAAUGGGCAGUGCAUAUGGAGUGAGGAUU